AUGGCCCAGGAAACCUUGAGACAACGGCAAGCUCGGAUAGUGGCGCAACAGAAACCUGCAAAUGGACACCUGGCGAAUGGAACGCCUAUGAAUGGAGAGCUCGCGAACGGAAAGCCUACGGGCCAAGACCAUGCCAGCGGGCAUCUAGCAAGAGAAGGUCUCACCGGCGAAACACUUGUGAACGGAGAACCAGCACAUGCAGAGAAGAUGACGGACGCGAAGCAUCCAGGUGGCCGAAUAAAACAUGGGUUUCCCAAACAAGCUGUGCGCAUGGUUCUAUUUGGCCUAUACUUCUUAGUUAGUUGUAUAUGUAUGUUUCUAGGUCAACUCCUCGGUACGCCCCUGUACCUGCUCCAGAAAGAUUGGUACUAUGCUUGGAUGGCGUUCACAAAGCAACAUUUUGGCCUUCUCAUUACAACGAUGACGCAGUGGUGGAGUCCGACCCUCGUACGGAUCAGCGGAGACGAGACCGUUCGAGGGCAGCUACGCCAAACGGCGGACGGGAGGCUAGAAUGCGACUUUCCAGAGCGGCUGAUCUUGAUCUCGAACCAUCAGAUAUACACUGACUGGCUCUACCUGUGGUGGAUCGCAUACACCGAUCGAAUGCAUGGCCACGUUUACAUAAUCCUCAAAGAGUCGCUUAAAUGGAUACCUAUCCUCGGGUGGGGCAUGCAAUUCUUCAGCUUCGUCUUCUUGUCGCGGAAUUGGGCCAAAGAUAAGCCGCGCUUCCAGCACCGCUUGCGGAAGCUCAACACCAGUCAUCACGGACCACUAUCCGGUUCGCAGCCACUGGAUCCAAUGUGGCUUCUGAUCUUCCCUGAAGGAACGAACCUAUCCAAGAAUGGUCGAGCAUCGAGCAAGAAGUGGGCAGAUAAGAACAACAUACCUGAUCUACGCCAUGUGCUGCUUCCCAGAAGCACUGGCCUGCUGUUCUGUCUCCAGGAAAUGCGCCGCACAGUGGACUGGGUCUAUGACUGUACUCUUUCUUACGAGGGGGUUCCACGUGGGUUGUUCGGUCAGGACAUCUUCACCAUCCGCUCGACCUACUUCCAAGGCCGGCCACCCAAGUCCGUCAACAUGCACUGGCGGCGAUUUGCCAUAGCUUCCAUGCCCUUGGAUGACCCGAAAGCGUUCGAAGAAUGGGUACAUCAACGCUGGGUCGAGAAAGACGAGCUCAUUGAAUACUUCUUACAGCAUGGUCGCUUCCCCGCCGACGAGGGCCGAGACGUUCUUCAGAAUGGAUCAACAUCCGGCCAGGCUAAGGUUGGUGCUGGCUAUAUCGAAACAGAAGUGAAACCCGUACAUCCGCUCGAGUUUCUGCAGAUGUUUGUGCCGGUGGCCGCAGUCUUGCUUGUCAUCAAUGUUUGCUACAAGGUUUGGCAUCUGGUCGCUAGGAUCAGUUGA